GAAACCGCCCCCGCAGGCGUGCCGCAGCCACACGUGACUGGAGGCUGCACAAACACAUAGAUCUGUUCUCGUUCUCAUAAAUUCACAGCCCCGGGGCCAUGAGCACGACGUCAGCUGCUUUUGGUCUGGCGUUCGUGGCUGACGUGGCAAUUGGCGCAGCGAUGGCUGCCGGUGAGCAUGGAAAUGAGAAGGGUGGAUGAGCAUGAGUAUUGAGCAGUGAGGGAGCCGAGCACAGCUAAAUGUGUCUGCUCUGUUGUUUGCAGGUGUGCUUGCAGGUGUGCUUGCUGCUGACCGAGCAAUGGCGGCCGCAGCUGCAGCGGCUGACUGGUUCGGUCGUUUCGUUAAUCGCACGGCCAGAUCCAACCGAACGCUCCGGUAUGAGGUCGGCACUCGUGUGUGGAUGGUAACGGCCGAGCGGGACAAGGGCAAGCAGGAAUGGGUGACGGCGCGUGUCUACCGUAUCGAGCCCAGGGGGCAGCACUGCACGGCAGUGUAUGUCAAGGAGGCUGGGGGGAGGGGGGAGGUCUUCAAGCCCGUCAUCGUGCCUCACAGGGCCAAGACGCCAUCGCAUAGCCAAGAGGUGCGUACGCCUCAACACAUGUCAAUUGGUCGGGUGGCCGGAGGCUCCAUCCGAUGCGUGUAUGUGUUGUGAUGUGUGCAGGUGUAUAACAGCUUCACAUCAGUCGAUAGGGCGCGGGAUCAGCCUGACGGCCAGCACACUGGCCUGUUGGACGUGCCCCAGGAUGUCGAGAAGGACAUUCUCUGCCCCAUGCUCAGCGGGGACCCCACCAUUAGCCGCCUCAGCCGCCAGCACGCGGACAUAUACCUGAGGCAGGAGAUCGACGGCCUGCUCGUCGCCAAGGGCCUUAACGGCAUCAUCACCAUCUCCCCUAACCUGACAUCCAUCGGCCUCCUCCAGCGGCUGGUGUACAUCAUCGAGAAGAGCGGCGAGUGGGCGGCGAUGGUGCGCAUUGUGAGAGUGGCCAAGCAUCAGGGGCGGGUGGAGGGGCGGUUGCCGAUAGAGUUGGGCAGUGGUGAUGUGCAGGGGGUGGGCAGCCGGGCCGUAUUCGACGGGAGGUGCGAGGCACUCCGGCAGCUCUCGCUCAUCGCCCACCACAUCGGUACCACUCGAUGUGCUCGAUGAGUGAGGAAGAUGACUAGAAUGAUACACACGCACGCUCACGAUAUGUAUGUAUGGGUGUGCCGGUCGGUCUCCGACAUGUCUGUCAUUGUCUGAUCAGCAUGCAUUUCGGAGGGUCGCAGGUCACGAGCCAGUAUGUAUUCCAGCACGAGGAUCCCACAAGCUGCAACCGACUGGUCAGGCACAUAAGUACAAACUCAUGAGGUCCUCCCUCACCAGCUGCCCCACUCACCCAUGUUUCUCUCUGUCCCUUUCUCUGCAGCGGCCGCUCGCCACUCAGCAGCCCCCCGUGUGGAACCGCCACACCAUCAGCUCGCGCCGCGGCGACCCGGGAUACUUUGAGCGCACGAUAGUGCUCCAUGGCGACCAGCCCGACCACUCAUUCGAGGCACAUCUCCACACCUUCAGCUGCCCCCACUAUGCCUGGGUCUACCUCUACACGACGGAGCGUCCCGUGGCGGGCGAGGAGGGUGCGGCCCGAUUCCCACAGGCCGUCCAGGUGGUGCGUCAGGUGGUGGGGGCGGACGACCAGGGGGUGUUCGGCGGCCUGCUGGCGUAGCCGUAGUCUAUCUACUGAUUCAUUCAUCCCUCAACUCUCGACUGUACCUACCGGUGCCCUUCCGCCAAGACUAGCAAAUGGGGUAUAGUAUAGAAUGGUACCUACUAGCUAUUUAGUGUGUGAUUGUGGGAGUAGAUGGCCUGCCUGCCUGCCUGUCUGCCUGUCUCUCUGUCUCUCUGUCUGCCUGGCCAUAGCAGCAGAUGGCCGGCAGCCGGGUGCAUGUGAUGUGCGAGGCCAACAGAUGGUGGACGGAUGCAUGAUGUGAUGUUAUGGCUGCCUGUCUGCCUGUGGUCUCGUUCUGUAUCAAUGCAUGGGCGCUGGGGUGGGCGAGGGGGCGUCUCGAAUGGACUGACAAACUGUCUGCAUGCCAG